UCGAUUAAUCGAAACAUUUUCGAAAUCGCACGUGUUUUUGUUUACAUUUUCCUCGCUUAUUUUUGUAAAAUCUUUCUGAAUUCUGUGAAAAUGCUGAGGAGCCAAGGAAAUCCUGGAUUUUGCCCUGUGUGUGGUUCUAUCCUUCCCCUGCUGAAGGAAUCUGGUAAUAUAUCGUGCUACACAUGCAAAAAUAAAUUGAACCCAGAGUCACUGGGGAAAAUGGAAAGUGAAUACACAAUUCAUUUCAAUACCUACAAGCCUAGAGCUGUGAAACAGGAGAGAGAAGAGGAUGAAGGCCCUAUAAUUGAGAGGAAAUGCCCCAAGUGCAGCAAUGACAAAAUGAGUUAUGCCACCUUGCAGCUGAGAUCUGCAGACGAAGGGCAGACUGUCUUCUACACCUGUACCAAGUGCAAAUUCAAGGAGUCCGAAAAUUCGUGAAUAUGGCAACACUUUCGAAAAUCGACAAAGACGUCAACUCACCGGCGGCCAUUUUUCGUCAUUGUCUUGUGCGUCUUUUCUUGGUGGCUGCAUCGAGGUUCUCUUGAAAAGGCUUUUAACUGUGAAUUAUUUGUGAAAUAAAUAGGUGAAAAC